GUGCCGCGGGAGAUUAGGCGGCCCCGGGCGCGCGCCGGGACGCGCCGGGUCACGUCAAAGCGGCGUAGACAAAGGCGGGCGCGCGCACGUCCUCACGCACGCCUCUCUGCCGGCGGCGGCGGCGGCUUGGGCGGGAGGCAGCGUCCCGCGGAGGCGCCUGGCGGUCGCUUUGGCAGCAUGUAAGCACCUUUUUGCCAAGAGCCCAGGUCACCGCUGUGCAGGGGGCCUUAGGGAGAAGACUUUCGAGAGGGAGCCAAUGCCAGACGCGUCCGGCGUCCUGCUCGCCGCGGGCAGCAUGCGCCACUGUGUGCCAGCCUCUGCGUCCUGCUGGCUCAGACUGUAGCUCUCCAGGUAGGAGGGUCCUGGGAGCCGCAGCGCCAGGAGCUGCUCCCAAGGGGAGCGCGGCCAGAUGUGAACGCUCCGCGGUGGACACGAUUCGCAGCCUGUGGAGGAACUGUGAAGUAAAACGAUUAUUUAAUUUCCAGAUACUCCAGUUCAGAAGCCUUCUGUGUGAAGCGCCAGCAGUCACCCCACCUCCUCAGAAGUGAUCAGGAUCUUUCUUCCUGGUACUUCUGGCACCGACAGACCUGCAGGACAGAUUUAGCUGCUAGAUGCUCUCGGACAGGAAAAACACACCUCUGGAAGCAGCAGUGGGCUAGCGGCACAGGGCCUCUCGCUCGCACGGACGCUCAGCCUGGCCUCGCAUGCGUCUCCCUGCCUCGGUCACCUCCUCGGCCCGUCUGCUCGGGGGAGACCCGGCGCUCCCAGGCUGCCUCCUGCGGCCCUUCCCUGCUGUCGCUCCCCGCCCCCGCCGUCUGCCCAGGCCGGCGAGCCAUGUGAGCUGUGGAAUGGAGUGUGCCCCCCGCCAGGGACGUGCUCGCUGUCGCCGGCCGGCGCUGUCGGGAAGGACCCUCUGAAACCUGUGCUGUGUGCGUGGGGGGGCGCCAGCCUUGCGGGGCCUCCACCAUGUUCCUGCUGCUGCCUUUUGAUAGCCUGAUCGUCAGCCUGCUGGGCCUCUCCCUGACCGUCCUCUUCACCCUGCUGCUCGUGUUCAUCAUCGUCCCGGCCGUUUUUGGAGUCUCCUUUGGCAUCCGGAAGCUCUACAUGAAAACGCUGUUGAAAAUCUUCGCGUGGGCCACCUUGAGGAUGGAGCGAGGAGCCAAAGAGAAGAACCACCAGUUGUACAAGCCCUACACCAACGGAAUCAUCGCAAAGGACCCCACGUCGCUGGAGGAGGAGAUCAAGGAGAUCCGGCGGAGCGGCAGCAGCAAGGCCCUGGACAACACGCCCGAGUUUGAGCUCUCGGACAUUUUCUACUUCUGCCGCAAGGGGAUGGAGACCAUCAUGGACGACGAGGUGACGAAGCGGUUCUCGGCGGAGGAGCUGGAGUCCUGGAACCUGCUGAGCAGGACCAACUACAACUUCCAGUACAUCAGCCUGCGGCUCACCGUGCUCUGGGGGCUCGGCGUGCUCGUCCGCUACUGCUUCCUCCUCCCGCUCAGGGUCGCUCUUGCUUUCACCGGGAUUGGCCUUCUGGUGGUUGGCACGACUCUCGUGGGAUACCUGCCAAACGGGCGGCUCAAGGAGUUCCUGAGUAAGCACGUGCACCUGAUGUGCUACCGGAUCUGCGUGCGCGCCCUCACGGCCAUCAUCACCUACCACGACAGGAAGAACAGACCAAGAAACGGCGGCAUCUGUGUGGCCAAUCACACGUCUCCUAUCGAUGUGAUCAUUUUGGCCAGUGAUGGCUACUACGCCAUGGUGGGCCAGGUACACGGCGGCCUCAUGGGCGUCAUUCAGAGAGCCAUGGUGAAGGCCUGCCCGCACGUCUGGUUUGAGCGCUCCGAAGUCAAAGACCGCCACCUGGUGGCCAAGAGGCUGACUGAACACGUGCAGGAUAAAAGCAAGCUGCCUAUCCUCAUUUUCCCGGAAGGGACCUGCAUCAACAACACGUCGGUGAUGAUGUUCAAGAAGGGCAGCUUUGAGGUCGGAGCCACCGUCUACCCUGUCGCCAUCAAGUACGACCCUCAGUUCGGGGAUGCCUUCUGGAACAGCAGCAAGUACGGGAUGGUGACCUACCUGCUCAGGAUGAUGACCAGCUGGGCCAUCGUGUGCAGCGUGUGGUACCUGCCGCCCAUGACCCGGGAGGCAGACGAGGAUGCCGUCCAGUUUGCGAACAGGGUGAAGUCCGCCAUUGCCCGGCAGGGAGGCCUUGUGGACCUGCUGUGGGACGGCGGCCUGAAGAGGGAGAAGGUGAAGGACACCUUCAAGGAGGAGCAGCAGAAGCUGUACAGCAAGAUGAUCGUGGGCAACCAGGAGGACAGGAGCCGCUCCUGAGAGCCGCCGCCCCGGCUGCCCUGCGCACGCCUGACCACCAGUGCCGGGACAAAUGCCAUUAAAGUCAGCUCUCCACCUGCGCGUGUGGUGCGGCCGCGCCGGCGGGGGCGGGGCUGGGGCCGCCAUCAGAACACUGGGGGCCGCACGGGCUCUCGGCCCUGUGCCGCUGCCGGCGGAUGGGAGGAUGCUGGCGGAUGGCAGGACCGCGGGCCGGAGCCACGCGUGCUCAGACUGCAGGCCCACCUGGGCUGCCCGUGUGACCUGCCUCUGGUCAGUGUGCCUCGGUUUCCCCGCCUGCGCGCAGGCCCAGAGGGGGAGGGCGGUGAUACCUACCUCACAGGGUUGUUGUGGGGAAGCUGGCCUGGCCGUGUGGGGGGCAGGUCUGUGGGGCGUGGGGGCGCGCUGAGGCCGGGUGCCGCGGGGGCCUGCAGAUCUGUUUAUCGGUCAAUAAAGUCGGAUGGCGAACGAA